AUGGCGGAUUUCGACAAGACGAAUCGAGAAAACCAUCUGCUCCUGGACACCCACGUGCCCGUCCCCGAUCCCCCAUCCAGCUACCAUCUUGCAACGACGCCCGACCUCGCUGACACUCCUUGUUCCUCUCUCCAACAGGACCAUCCCCUACUGCGUAUCCCGCUCGAACUCCUGCGCAAGAACUUCCGGUCGGCGCACUUCGAGCUCGAGAAGGACAAGAAGAAUGUGGUCGAGACGCUGAAGGAGACGGCGACGCGGGCCGUCAACAACGAGCCGCCGCCGACCGAGGACGUGCUCAAGUCGCUCGACGCCAUCAUCGCCCGCAUGCGCGGCGUCAAGCGCAAGCUGGCCGCCAGCGCCGACGAGGAGCAGCGCCUCUACCGCCACGAGACGGCCCGCGUCCGCCACCUCGCCGAGAUCUACGCCAUGCACACCACCGACGACGUCAAGUACGAGGUCUGGAGCCGCACCCGCCUCGACCGCAUGCUCGUCGACUACAUGCUGCGCCAGGGCUACGGCGACAGCGCCCAGUCCCUGGCCCGCGAGCGCGGCAUCGAGGACCUCGUCGACGUCAAGACGUUCGAGCAGAUGGCACAGAUCAGGGACAGCCUGCGGAACGGCAGUGUCACCGAGGCCCUGGCUUGGUGCACGGCUGGCGACACGAAGAAGGAGUUGAGGAAGAUGGAUAGCAACCUCGAAUUCAUGCUCCGCUACCAGCAGUACAUCGAGCUCGUGCGCCCGUACACGCCCGCCAAGCUGAGCGAGGCCAUCAAGCACGCCCAGCGGUUCCUGCACCCGUACCGCGAGACGCACGCGGCCGAGGUGCGGCAGGCGUGCGGGCUGCUGGCGGUGCCGCCGCACCGGGCGGCCUCGUACCCGGCGUACGCGGCGCUGUACGCGCCGCAGCGGUGGGAGGCGCUGGCGGAGCUGUUCGUGGCGACGCACAACCGGCUGCUGUCGCUGCCGUCGAUCCCGCUGCUGCACCUGGCGCUGACGUCGGGGCUGUCGGCGCUCAAGACGCCCGCCUGCCACAGCGCCGAGGGCGCCCACCGCCAGUCGGCCGAGGGCCGCGCCAACGUCGCCAGCCUGGCCAGCGUCUGCCCCGUCUGCAGCCGCGAGCUCAACGACCUCGCCCGCUCCGUCCCCUACGCCCACCACACCACCAGCCACGUCGAGCACGACCUGGUGCUGCUGCCCAACGGCCGCGCCUACGGCCGCGAGCGCCUCGACGACUACGCCCGCAAGGCCGGCCUGCUCGACGGCCAGGUCAAGGACCUCCGCACCGGCGAGGUCUUCUCCGAGGAGCGCUUGAAGAAGGUCUACAUUACGUGA